AUGGUUAAUCAGUUUGUAGAAGCGCAAGAUUCACCAGCAGACUAUCUAAAAGGACACAAUGCGGCAAGAUCUGCAAUUACCAAAGUUAAAAUUCCUGAUCUUGUUUGGGACAACAAAGUUGCUGCCUUUGCAAAUAACUAUGCUAACCAACGCAAGGAUUGUCAAUUGGUCCACUCAGGUAGUGACCGAUACGGAGAAAAUAUCGCAAUGGGCGGGGGUGAGAUGUUUGGCACAGAUGCUGUGACGAUGUGGGUUGGUGAGAAGCCCUACUAUGAUUAUAACAGUAAUUCAUGUGCUGAUGGUCAAAUGUGUGGCCAUUAUACACAAGUUGUUUGGAAAAACACAGUAAGAAUUGGAUGUGCUAAAGUGAAAUGUGAUAAUGGAGGAACUUUUAUUACUUGCAAUUAUGAUCCUCCUGGCAACUAUAUUGGUGAGAGGCCAUAUUGA